AUGGAAAUGAAUUUUGCACAAUGCUGGAAAGAAAGGUUUAAUUGAACUAAAAAGAACUGGGUAUCUUACAAAUUAAGUUGAACUUAAUAAACAUAAUAGACAUUUGAUUUUCAAGAAAAUCAAAAUUCUUUUAACGUAUUACCCUGACUAUAAAUAAGCCCAUAAACAAUUGUCUGAAAAUGCGGUAUAUCUAAAUGGGUGACGAUGGUACUCACUAUUUUUUCCCUGAAGAGGAGAUAUAUCUAAGUGGGUAACGAUUUUAUUCACUAUUUUUGCAACACAUGUCACUAAUUUAGCAAUUCUUUCUCUCUUUCAGAAAUUGGAGAGUUCUCUUUUCUGUGGCUUUCGGCUCCAAUUCCAAAUAUCAAACAAUCUUUCUGAAGAAUCAACACUUUUGUUCUUCUUAUCUCUACAUCCAUGGAAAUACAGCAGUAGGACAUACUGACUCUGUAUAGCCAUGGCAACAGUUAAAUACCACUCUGUCUGCUCCCCAUUUCAUGGACACCUUUUCCAAGAAAUAUUCAGAACCAGGAAGAGGAAUGGAGUCAUGAAAGUGAGCGUAAGGAGAGCAAAGUGGUCGGUGUCAAAUGCAAAGAAGGCAAAUCUUUCGGCCAGUAAGAGGGAGAGGAUAAAGCUUCCUAGUUAUGGUGAUGAAAUUUAUCAUAUCAGUGAGUUUUUUAGUCAUCCGUCUGGGGUUGAAGCAAUCUUGAACACAAGGGCCUUGCAGAGUUACCAGUCCCUUGAUUCCAAUUUGUACAGGUGUAUUCUGCCGCAGGUUCGACUUCUCAAUUUUGAAGUUGCACCAGUUUUGGACUUACAAGUAACUCCAACUAGUGAAGAUUGCAUAGUUGAGAUGUUAUCUUGCAAGUUUGAGGGUUCUGAUUUAGUGGAACGCCAGAAUGAGCACUUUUCAGCUUCUAUGAGGAACCAUAUAAGAUGGGAGACUAUUGAUUCUCAACCAUUUCUGGAUGUUGAUGUAAAACUAAAUCUUGUCCUUGAGAUUUACACCCAACCAUUUGCUUUGCUGCCCACAUCAGCUGUUGAGGUUCCCGGAAAUAUGUUGGAUCUUAAUACGAUUGACGCAGCGGAUGCUGAUAAAUGUGCGUUGUAACAUUGACAUUGAGUUUGGUGGCACCUAGAAUGAUGCAAGCCUUGGUGGACCAACUGGUGCCGUUGCUUGGACAACAAUUACUGCAAGACUAUGAGGAAUGGGUACAUCAACAGCGCAAACGCCUUCAAUGACACUUGACUUUUUUUUUAUUGUCUUGCAGUGUAAGUUCCAUAUAUUUCAUAAUGAUCUCAUGAAACACAUGAUGUUUUCCGUAUAUUUCAUAAUGAUCCCAUGAAAGACAUGCUUCCCACUUUAUAAUGUCCUAAGAUGAGAGACAAAACAUCAUGAGCAAUUGCAUGAUCGUCAUAACUCCUACGGAUGUGCGGUACAGCGUAUACAUGUACAUGCUGGAUCAAUCUACUUGCAACGGUGAAUAUCUUUGUUUUGCUUUUGGAUGUGGGAAAAGCUUUCUUAUCGUUGCAAUUAUGGAUGAAGCGGCAAAGGCCAAAUGCUAGGAUUGCGACGCGGUCCAUUCGUAGAAACUGAUCCUCAUUUGGAGGAUGUAAUUGAAGUGUGAUUUUAGCAGUGUGAUUAAUUACGACAUGUUGAUCACCUGUGUUUCUGUGUUUGCUGUUAGUAGUGUUCCAUUGCAUUCAUGGUAAAAUAUUGAGCACGGCCUAGGAACAUGUGUCAAUCACAGCGUUCUUUUUGCCCAAAAAAAUAUCUGUUUUUUCAUGUUUUCGCAACGUUUAACUUGGUCAUUUAAUGAUUUUAGAAUACUAUGGUUGGUGAUUUUGAUGUUUGCAGGUAAAAACUUCUUUCAGGUAGGUAGACAGGAAAGGGAAUUGCCGUCCAUGCCUAUGAUGUACGCGCCUCAUACAAUUCAAGUCUCAAUGGAUUGUUUACAGAUAUUCUGCAAGGCCAGUUUUUUUUUACAAGUUGUUAAAACCGGUCUUCAGUACAAUAUUUAUAGAUGAGGUCCGUAAAACUUGUUAAUAGCAACUCCAUAGGAUUGUUAGUACUGGGCAACAUAUUCAAUCAUAUCGGGUGUGGUUUUUCUGUUUUGUAGAAAGCAGUGCCUGUUACUCGCGAGAAGUAUGGUUAACCAUGCUGAUUGCGUGUUUACUAUAUUAUACCUUCAUCAAUAUAGAUGUGCUGCUAUGACAUUGCCCAUUUGAAGCAAGUGCUUCUAACAGCAGCGGACACAUUACAUU